AUGCAAGUGGAUUCCGACUGCGAUGAUUCCGACUACGUUCCUGAAGAAGAUGAAGCCAUUGACGAGUCCAUCGAUUGUGAAGUUGCCGACCACAGAAUAGACACCAUUUUGGUGAAAAGGGAGACUCAGGAAUCAACACGCAUAGCGAUUCAGGAUGUUCCUAUCCCCGAAGAUUUUUGUGCUGAUCCGUGUCAAAUUUCUGUCGCUGAAUUGGAAGAAGAAAUCCGCUUCCAGAUUCGCAAAGGAAAUCUGAAAGAUACCUUGACCAAGAUUGAUGUCACUAGCAAACUAUUUUCCAAUCCCCAAUAUCUACCAAGGGAAAUCCAACUGGGUAAAGAUCGGUAUCCACCAAGGGAAACUCGCUAUCAGGUAAUUCAAAAGACCUACGGCAGCCCACUGCACUAUGCCUGUCAUGACCAAAACGGGUCCCGUGGCGAGCACAAGAUUCGAUUGCUGCUUUGUGUAGCAAACCAAUACAAGAUACCAAUCCACAAACUUCUAACUCUAUCGGAGGUGACUGUACGAAAAUAUGGAACAGAAUGGCACAAGAUCACGGUGGAGGCCGGGACGGAACGGAUGCAAGAGACAAGAGCCACCCCGUUGUAUAUUCUACUGGACAAUCCCAACUCUUCAGCGAGUACAGUUCGACGAUUGUCAGAGCCGUGGCCCAGUAUUGUACACUUGCAAUAUUUUACUAAUUUGAACGUAUUGGAAUGCCACAAUACUCUUUCCCAUUUUCUGCUCAAGAAUCCAAUAUCACCAUACGAGCAUUCCGAGAGGGAUAUUGCUCGAAUUGCGUCCAUUGUUCAAGUUUUGUUACAGGUUGCUGCCAAGACGGACUUGGAUGCGAAAAGCCUGGUUACAGUGAAUACGCAUUUUGGAAGAGAUGAUAGAGAAGCCGACCAAAACUCGACAAUCAUAACCCGCAACGCGGUUCAGAUUGCCUUGUCUCAUGGUGGUUGUGUCCCUCCUAAAGUGCUUGCAUCAAUGCUUCAAGUGUGGCCAGAAGCUGUACAAUAUCCCGAAAAUGAUUACAGCAGUAAAGCUCCCUGUCCUCUAUGCUGCAUCGUGGAUUCAAAUCCAAAGACCACCAAAGCUCGAUUGUGGCAAACAAAAUGCAUAGAAGUCAUCCUAAAACACUCUUCUUUAGAGUCGUUUGCCAUGGGAUUGAUGAGGACAAACAACGACGGCAGCCUUCAGUUUCACAAUGUGAUGAGAAUCAUUUCCAAAUUGAAAUCAUCAUCAACAGAAACUGGACUGGCAACAGAUUUGCUGGAAGCAAUGAAAGCUUUGCUAUAUCAACGAGAUGAACAAGGCAAGGCAUUGCUGCACCAUGUGGUCGCUGCGCCUAUCUUUCGAUCACCAAAGCGUGAGUGCAAAGCUGGUAAUGCACAUUUCAAACGACGCAAGUGCCUUUUACCACCGCGUGCAAAUCAUCACGUCGAUUUGGUUCGAUGGAUCUUGGAAGAAGAACCGUCCCUCGCAUGGGUUCAUGACAAGGGUGGGCAUAACGCUCUCCACACUGCUCUGGAAGGUGGAAGCACGUGGUUCUCUGGGGUAAGAGAUAUGCUUGAAAUUGUACCAGAUUGGCAAUAUGAAGCAAUAAAAGUUGAUGGAAAGGAAGAGGAUCUCUUGCCAUUUCAAAUUGCAGCGACUGCUGUAGGCGGUAACCACGGUGCCGUCGACACAGUAUAUGAAUUACUCAAGAUCACUGGUCCACUUGCGUUUUCACACUUCGAAUUUCAUUGA